AGCUCUCCUCAUCUGCCCUGCCCCUCGUUAGCUGGCUCGUUUCCUGGAAAGGGGGUCUUGUGGGGGGGCCUCGAAGGGGAAGAGGGUCACCCUGUUAGUCCGCUUUGUCACCCAACCUCUCCAGAUGUUCUUCCAGCCCACCCUCUACCCCCGGAACGCUCCCCAACCCUGGAGCGGUCCACGCAGCCUCUGCAUGUUCACAUCCCUCCUCCCCGCCAGGAGGCCUGAGGGAAACGAGCCACAUUUAUUUGUAUAUUAAGAUGAUGCCGUCUUCCUCCCCCUGCUGUGCAGCUGUUCCCGGGCAGAGCCCUUGCUGAUGGCCUGGGGGUGCCAGCGGGGCACAUGGUGCGGGCUCCUGGGUUAUUGCCCAGAUCCACUCCUCCUGUACGGACCUGACGGAAGAGGAACUGGCCAAGCUGGGGGUGUCCCUGUUUAACUGCCAAGCGAGCGUGGAAGGGCGCAGGACCUAUCCCUGCACUGCAGACAUGCCCCUCGCGGAAUGCACCACCGACAUGGACCCCGACACCUGGAACGCCUACCACAUCGUCAGCAACCGGGCCCGCGCCGUCUGCUACUCCACCCGCCAGAUGCAGUUCAAGCGCCGGACGGAGCACACGGUCAACACGCUGGUCUCCGCCGCCGUGAGUCAGCUGGAGGCCAUGAGGCUUCUGAAGGACGGCCAGGAGGAACUGAAGGAGCUGACGGCAGAGUCCCUGCACAAGGUGGUGAGCAGCCAGCGCGAGCUGCUGCUCCAGCAGGAGACGCUGCAGGGCAGCCAGGAGCAGAUGGAGUCCUCCAUCCACAGCAACCUGGAGCAGCUGACUCAGGAGAAGGCCUUGAUUGCCAGCGGGCAGCAGCAGGUGGCUCAGCUCAUUGAGGGCAUCACCAAGAGGAUGGAGAACGUGAGCAGCCACCUAGAUGACCAGGACGUGGAGCUGCAGCAAGGACACAGAGCCAUCCUCACCGACCUCACCCAGAUGCAAAGGCGAGCCCAGGAGGUCUACUCCAAAAUAGAGGCCAACCUGGCGCUGUUCCUGGCCUACCAGAACCAGACAGCCCUGUACUACGACGAGCUGAUGGGGAAGCUGCACAGGAUGAACCGGAGCCUGGGCCUGGUGCUCUACGCCGUGGAUCACAUGCAGAGCAGCGUGGAGGGCCGGCUCCUGCACAUUCAGAGAUUCAUUGGCUGGGCAGGAGUCAGCCUCGGCGCCGCCUGCACCUGCGUCCUGCACGCCGGCUACUUCCUGCUUUCGGCUCUGCUCAUGACCUUCCUGCAGACCCCAGGCCUCCCCCGCGCCGUGCUCCUGGUCUUGGUCAUCGCCAACGCGCUCUCCGAGCUCAACCACGCCGUCUCCCUGGGCUUCAAGUCCCUCACGCUUUUCCUGGUGCUCGUUGUCACCGGUAACUGGCUGCUGGCGAGCAUGUGCUGCUGCGCCCGGAGCGUGAGGGGCCGGAAGCCGCCUCUGGCGCUCUCACUGACUCCCCAGAGGGCAGCGGGGGCCAGCAGCCCCGAAGCAGAGCUCAAGGAUGAUCCCCGCUGUCAUAUCACCUCCACCCCUGACAGGGAGUGUGAAAUCGGCCUCUUGCGGGAAGAGCUGAACAAGCUGGAGGAGAUGAGCUACCUGCAGGACGACUCCUGCCUGGGGAGGGCGCCCCCGCUGACGGGAAACCCCUUUCGGGAUGGGGGUGUGCCGCUGCCCCCUACAGGCUGGAAGGCACAGCAGAGAUCCGCUGCUCUGCCGGCUCCCUCCGUCCCCAUCGGGAACUUGCGCCGUGUCACUCUGAGCCGCACCAGCAGGCACGAGGUGUUGGAGAGGCAGGCCACACUGGAGAGGCGCCACCUGGGCCCCGCGUUCGAGCCCUUUUCUGACUUCAGGUCCUGUAGCCUGGACCAGUCCAUGGCUAGCGACAUGUCCACCUCUUCGAUGUCUCCGCGACGCCUGUGCCAGGGCAUCACCAAGGCCGGGCAGCCAUGCCGGAAGAAGGCCGUUCCCGGACAGGAGUUUUGCCACGUUCACGUAUCUGGACAAGUAUCCUACACCAGCUGAGCCUUGGGGCUCUCCGUCUAACCUGUGCAGCCGCUAGGUUAGUCUGGACCUUGGGUGGUUGGCCAGGAACUGGUGAACUCCUGGAGUGCAGCUGGGGCCCCACCCCCACAUCUCAGCAACAGCCAUUCUGUGGCAUUAUUUUAAACACUGCCUUUGAUUUUAACGUGUACGUUUGAUUGGAGGGACUACGGCUGCUGAGGGCUGGCAGCCCCUGCCUGGCAGCUUUUCUAGGGUCUUGUGGGGCUUCUUUGAGGAAAGCCCCAUUUUAAAUAGACCCCCCUGCUCUGCGAAUGUUCCAGCUGGUCUCAAAUGCUUCAGCCCCUGGCGAAAGUUGGGGAUCCCAUGAAAACGGCAGAUGAGGAGCCUCUACGUUCACACUGACUCAGGAGCCAGUGGACUCUGUUUACAAGUCCAGCUGGCUUGUCCAGUGGCCACAGCUGCCCAGCUCCAGCUGGGUGGUUCUGGCCUGCUCCACCUCUGCCAGCCAUUGAGACGCUCAUCCGGGCUCAGCUGAGCUGGUAGAACAGACUCCAGCUCCGUCAGCACCAUUGGGACAAAUCUCUUGUCCGUAGAGAUGCCUGGGGUAAGAAGGUGCCAUGUUGGUAGCCAAGUUUUAUAUGAAAAUCUGCAGUUUGCACAUUGGUUUAAUAAACAACGUUUAUCUA